UUUUUAGAGCAGCACUCAGCCCAGCACAAGAUGGCGGCGUGCGCGCUGCGCUGCCUCUGGCGAUGGCCGGCGCUGAAGCUGCUCUCCGCAGAAGCGGCUCGGGACUUCCCGCGCCGAGCCAUCGCCUCCGCUCGCCCAGACUCCGGUUCUGAAUUCCGGAGCGAAUACAGCUUGGACAAGCUCUACCCCUCGCAGCAAAAAGGAGCCGACGCAAAAAAGGUUAGGAAUCCGGAUUGGAGGCGGUUGAUGGUCGGAGCACCUAGAUCUAUAUAAAAAGUAGAGUAGCACCUUCCUUGGAUUUCCGUUCGCAUAGUUCUACGCCUCUCCCUCACCGCCGGUCUGCGGGUGGAAGUUACGUUGCCCCAUGUAAAUGGAUAGGCCUAAGAAUAGGAACUGGAGAAACGCAGGUUCGAAUCCCAGCUGCGCUUAUUAACUUCACUGGGUGGCCUUGGGCUGGUCGUUGUCUCUUACCCUGACCUAUGUCACGGAGAUGUUGGGAGGAUAAAAUAGAGCUGCCUCUUGUUUAGAGGGGGGGGGUCAUGGUAUAGACAGAUGUAAUAAAUAAAAUAGCAUAUUUUCUCUGAGGGGAUAGCCAUAGCUGUCAAUUUUUCCCUUUUCUUGCAAGGAAUCCUAUUCGGAAUAAGGGAAUUUCCCUUAAAAAAAGGGAAACGUUGACAGCUAUGGGGAUAGCACAUCUGUCCCAAUGUGAACAAAUGUGAGCAGCAAAGAUAAACAAUUCUUGUUUUUUGUUUAUAUAUCUCAGUUUCCCUCCCUUAUGACACCCAAAGCAGUGUAUGUGCUGUUCCCAAGCAGCCUCCUAUCUAGCCACUGACCAGAACCCAGUUCUGCUUAGUUUGAGUAAGGUGAUGGUUCUGCAAGCUGUUAGAUUGUACUACCCUUUUGCUUCUAACUCUGCCUUUACUUAAUCUUAAAUGUUAUCUAAUUCAACUUCCUGCCAAUGUAGGAAAUUCACUCCUACCAUUUGCCUAAUAAUAACAAUAAUAAUUUAUUUAUUUAUACCCCGCCCAUCUGGCUGGGUUUCCCCAGCCACUCUGGGCGGCUCCCAACAGAAUAAUCAUAAUAAAGUGAUAAAACAUCAAACAUUUAAAACUUCCCUAAACAGGGCUGCCUUCAGAUGUUUUCUAGAAGUCAGAUAGUUGUUUAUUUCCUUGACAUCUGAUGGGAGGGUGUUCCACAGGGCAGGUGCUACUAUCAAGAAGGCCCUCUGCCUCGUUCCCUGUAGCUUCACUUCUCACAGUGAGGGAACCAGCGAUAGGUAGCUAUCCAGUAUGUUUUAUCUGGAGAAUGGCAAUGAGAUGUUGAGACUGAAUUCAAGGGUGGUGAUUUCUUUUUCAGACUCAGUCGUACAAUGAUUCUGCAUGUUGAAGUCCUCAUGAGUUGCCCCUCCCCUUUUUUCUUGAAGGUUCAGAUGUGAUAAACUAGUAUUGUGAAUGACUUGACAAUAGUGGAUACAACUUACUGCUCCUGGUUGAAUAAAGGGUUUUCAGAAUCUGAUGAACCACACUUAGUUCAAGAAGUCCUCUGACUGUGAGCUUUGCUGAACUGAAAAAUGGUCACAAGAGUCUGGUCUAAGACGUUAAAGCUGAGGAAACAAAAUAAUUUGAGUGCCUAGAAAUCUAUAUUGUACAAAGUAAAGCUAAAAAUUGAUAGACCCUGCCAAUGGCCUUUAAAAAAAAUAAUCUAUUGCUGUAGUUGCAUAUUUUUCCAUUUUCUGUUUAUACACUAAUUGUACUACAGAAAUUUUUACAGUAGUAUUAAGUUGCAGUUGCUUAACAAUAUGUAUCUCUGUGUUAACAGGAUUUGGCAAACCAGACUGUUCCCGACAUACCUGUAGGUGAGUCCAGAACAUUAGAGAAGUGAUGUCUCUUUCUCCCGAAUGAGUUCCCCAGGCAUUCAUUUUAUUUGCCUGUAACAGUGUAAUCCUAUGCAGGCUUGCUUGGAAGUAAGUACUAUGGCUAUAUUUCUGAUUUAAACAGGCCUAUAGGCUUGUGCUGUAAAUCAGUUAAACUUUUAUUUAGUGGAGGAUUGGGUACUGGCACAGAACUGCAAAGAACAGAUGGGCCAAUCAUUAACAAAACAAUGCCUUAUAGUGCUUGUGUUGCCAGUGGAGGCCACAUGCCAGUGGUGGGUGAGGCCAGAGGCAAAAGUGAACAGAGCAAGCCAUGUGCCUUCUUUGUACAGUAAGUUUCUUUCUACACACAGUCACACAUCACUCCCUGUUUUCCAUCCAAGCAGGCAAGAGGCAUUAUCAGAGUUCCAGGACAUAUUAUAGCACAGCAAAAACACUCAAGGAGAGUGUGAAACAUGGUCUGCAGAGGGGAUGUAGCUUGGGGAGAGUCCCAAGGACCACGUAAAGAGACACAUUUGGCCCCUGCAACUCAGGAUCUACCCCCAUGCUAAGCCAAACCUCAGGAGUAAUGUGGCUGCAGUAUUUUCACAUGCACCAGUACACUUGCUUGUUCAUUCUAAGCUCUAGUUCGGCUUAAUGUCAUACGUAACUCAGGAUGCUUACCUUAAUUUUACAUUUGAUAAAGCAGUAAUUAAUUCUAUGCGGCUUGUAUGCUACCUUAAAAAUAUAUAUACUUCAAGCAUUGUUUUUAUUAUAUAUCGAAAACAUUCAGAAACAUAUACCCAAAAAACAAUGCCCACAGUCCCAUGUACUUCCCCAUUACUGGGAAGUAAAUCCCGUUGGUGGAAAAUGCUUUCGCUGAGGCUGCCACUGCAAUUCAUUACCUGCUUAUUUCACCAGAUGGAGAAUACGGUAACUACUUAAGGACAAUCGGAAUGCUCCUACAGGAGCCUUAAGGAGUGUUUAUUGGAGUUACCUUCAUACUUCAAGAGGUCAUCUCUAUUCCAAGUGUGACCUUCCAGAUCAGUAUAUCCUUUCCUAUGCAAUUUCACCCUUUCUUCUUCUUCCAUAUACAUACACAAAGCCAUGACUGUAUCUUUUCAAUAUUUCUCUUUGCAAUCUUUUCCAGGUCGUUUGUCCAUAUCAUAUUGCCGAAGUAGUGGCCCAGGAGGCCAGAACGUUAAUAAAGGUACGAAAAAUAUCGGAGCAGAUUUAAAUAGAUACUUGUCCUGGGCAUGCAUACUUGGGAGUGAGCUCCCUUUUGAGGAAACAUGAGUAGAAUCAAGCUGUGGGUUUUUCUGUUAAUCAGUGGUGUUAUUAGAUGUGUAAAGUUAACGUUUGUACAUCUUAAUCUGAGGACUCAUUAGCCUUAUGACUUUGACAAGUACUGAAAGAUCAGUGCUUCUUUUUAACUGUCAGACGGUGUGGUGGUUGCUCACGAGUAACCAGGCAGGAGUAACCGACCUGUCUUUGGCAGGUUUUUAUUUGUGCAAACUAUUUACAGUGCAGGACCAGAAAGUUCAUGUCCGUCUCAAUCACUUGCAGAUUCCAGGAGUGGCCCCUUCCGGUUUCCCCUCCAGCAUAAGAACUUAAGACACCCCAAAUAUCCGCCUUCCCUCCUUGUGUUUCACACCUCUGCAUAAACUGGGCGACAGAAAUGGCAUGCCUGUUUCCUGGCUGGCUGGGCUAGGUGAGGCGCUUGGGCUCUCAGUAGCAUCUUUGAGCCCUCCCCUCGCUCGGCUUUCCCAUUCCACCUCUGCUCCACUGGAGGUGUGGCUUUCCCCUUCGUAGAAUGAGGAGCUGCUUCUCAGGAGCAUGGGCGGCUCCCUGUAUUCCCAUGCCUCCCUCCCCUGUCCUGAUGGCAGCUCCCUGACAUUAACUAGUUUCUCUUUUCUUCAUUUUUUAAAAAAAGAUCAGAGUUAAUAUUCAGUGCUGUAAUAGGAACGCCCUCUCCUGUCCUCUGCAAGUCCCUGUGUUCCCCCCCAUCUGCUCCAGAGGAUCCUCCAACCCUUUGGAGAUUUUGGGACAUGUGUUUGAUACAUAAAACUCCUGUGACUUUAAAAUGGUUCUUUUGAGUUGUUUACAAGGAAACAUUGUUUACAAGGGGGGGAAGGGGAGGACUUUGCCAGCCAAAAUGCAUUAGGCAUUAAUAAAAAGUAUUACUUUUCAGCUUUUUUGAGAUUGAGUCUACUUUUUUGCCAUGUCUCUUGGAAUGCCAAGAAUUCUUCUGAAAAUGCAGGACACUUCAAAGUUAGAUGGUGGGGGGGUGACAUUUCACAUGGCAGCAAGAUCAGCUGGUGGGGUAUGUGUGACAUUGAAUUGAAAUCUGAACCUGCAGCCUUUGGAUAGGAUCUGUAGUUCUCCUAGUAAUAGUCAUGUAUUUCUUUGUUUCACUCGCAGUAAAUACAAAGGCAGAAGUCCGGUUCCAUUUGGCAACAGCAGAUUGGAUCUCGGAAGAUGUGCGACAGAAAAUGGCCACGAUGGUAAUUCUUAGCAUUUAUCUUUCUUUUUCUAGGUACUUCCCAAGCUAUUCAGCCCAGCAGGAUAGUUUGAUCUUGGAGUAUUAGUUUAUUGAAGCAGCACACAAGGAAAUUAGGGUGCUCUGAGAAGCCAUUUAGGCAAUAUAACUCAAUAUUGAUUACAUAUAAACCCAUGCUAACUGUGGUUAGCAUCCCAUUCAAGGUGCAAUGCUAUGCUGAAAAUUUGCUGGCUGAGGGACUUUUGGAUUUGUGCGUUCUAUUUGUAUGGGCUUCUUUUCCAUUCCUGGGGUGAGCACACAUUGGAUACAGCAGCCAUUUGGUCCAGGCAUAACGCAAGCCUAGGACUGCUUGCCACCUUUAGCUAGUGUCUGGUGACCUGUGCAAAUCUAACUUCUGCAUUGAGGAAAGUAAUUGCUAAGCAUAAGCUAAGUUAAUGUCUGGAAUUUUUUUUUUCUAAAGCAUUUUAUCAUUGAAAGUUCUCUAUUUAUCCUUACCUCGUUUUUCACUCUGCAGCGUGAUUGCUGUAUACCCAAAAACAGCGCCUGGAGGGUUUGGUUAAUUGUCGCAACUCUUAUUUGUUGAAGUUGUGUUACCCUAUUAUGGAAUUCAGAUCCUUUUUUUCAUCAGCACUCUGGUGCUGGAUAAUGUAAUAGAGGAGCCUUGGAGCAGUGGAGAUAUUGAGGUCCACAGUGACAGAACACCUCACCUAGUGGCAUCUGCCAGAUCCUAGUGCUUGAAAGUUUGCUGUUCUCGACAUUCUGCUGGUAACUUGUUUAUAUUCUGCAAAAGCUCCCACAGUUGCAGUACUACUGGAGUGCCUGCUCUCAGGUUCCCCUGCCCAGUAAAUGAGGUAUCCACUUUUUACUGGGCAGCCCAAAUCCAAGGUGGGAAUAAGCAGGAUUCUAAUCCACAGCUUCCUAUAAGCAGUUUACUAAAACAAAGAUAAUUACAUCUGGUAAUAUUUCCCCAGCACCAUUACACAGUAAAUCUAAAACUUUCAUUGAGGCUGCAGACCCAUGUAUUCCUGGGAAUAAGCCCCAGUGAACACAGUGAGAUUUAACUUCAAAAUGAACAUGCAUAGGUUUGGGCUGUAAGGAUAACUUUCAGAAGAGACGGUCAGAAGUUGCCUCCUGUGGCAAUCAUGUCUGCUUUCCCUCUUUUUAAAAAAACAAAAAACAAAACCUUAUUUUUAGGCUGGUAAACUAAUGAAAAUGGAAUGCUCCAUAGUAAAAAAUGUUUUCUUUCGCAGCACAAGAAUAGGAUCAGUAAAUCUGGAGAACUGAUAGUCACCUCUGAAGUAAGUCGCUACCAGAUGAGGAAUUUGGCAGCUUGCUUGCAAAAAAUCAGAGAGCUGAUUAUAGAAGCCACUGAGAUGCCUCGGACUGAAUCGAAAGAGACUGUGGAAAUGAUCAGAAGCAGGUAUGAGUCCACUAGUUAGAUAACACUUCAUCCAAUCAGCAUGCAUCUGUAGCUGACAGCUGUUGCAUUAAAAAUGGCACCCUACAGUGCUCACUUAGAGCAAGGUGAAAUCAUCUGUAGCUACCAUUAGCCAAACAGAGCAGCUGCUUGCUUCCAACUGUCAAGGGUGUGUCACAAAAUCAUAUUAGGUAGCUUAGGCAAGGAUCCAGGAGGCCCUCAGCUGACCCCUGGUUUUAACACAUAAUAAAUAAGAUAGCCUUCAUUUUCUCUUGGUUCUAGCUGGACAAGCUGAGACAGUUUUUGUUUCUUGACUUAGGGCAGAGCACCAUGGGUCAUCUCUUGUGUGUAUUAGAGUGUAAGUGGACCUCUGGAAUCGUAAUAUAUACAUCUGAGGUAGCAUUGCUGUAUUUCACUUAUAUAGAAAGGGCAUCACUUUCAGAAUGUUGCACUUGGAUAAAACAUAGCAGGUACCUCUUCUCUGGGAAAAUACCAACUACUUCAGGCUUUUUAGAAGAAAUAUCCCUUGACUACUUAGGAUUUUGCUUUUCUUUGAAAUGCUGAUUCUGCGUGACAAGAACCUGAUACAAAUCAUUUAUGAUAACAAACUGGAAUCAUUUCACAGACACACUUAAGUAUGUCAUCCUCAACCUCUCUAUUUGAUUUUAGGGUGGAGAAAAUGAACCGUGAACGCCUCCGACAAAAAAAGAUUCGCUCUUCUGUAAAACAAAGCCGGCAUGUGGACUUUGACUGAACGCACCAGAGAAAAAGAGCAUUCUGGAACACAUCCAGUGGACUCUUUCUAAUAUUUGGAUUUGGAAAAGAAUAAAAAAAACCUUACACCAUAAAAUCUGUUCCUUGCAGUUUAUGAAAUGGGGGU